UUACUGGUGCGCACGUGGUCUCGAUUGUCGCGAUGUGGUGGAUGCUUCUCCUCACUUUCCUGGCAAAGGGCUUCACUUAUUCAUUUUCGUGUGAUGACUGCUCUAACCGUUCUUUAUCAUUAAAAGACAUAUUACCGGUUUCAUACGAUAAAAUGAAACCACCCAGAUAUAAAGAUUCACCAGUUAAAGUCAAGGUUAAAGUAUCGAUACUUAACAUACGAUCAGUGGAUGAAGAAAAGCAGGCGAUAGAAAUGGAUAUAUUCUUCCAUCAGUAUUGGUUCGAUCGUAGGAUCAAAGUGCCAGCAACUUACGAAGAAGAAAGGAUCGUGCUCGAUAAUAGAUGGAGGGAUAGCCUAUGGAUUCCGGAUACAUACUUUAAGAAUUCCAUUAACGGCAAUGUGCACAAUAUCGUUAUUCCUUACACAUAUCUUGUACUUCACAACAACAGUGAAUUAUUUAUGGCAGCCAGAUUAGGUUUGACUUUGAACUGUGGAAUGAAUUUAGCUUCGUAUCCUCACGAUAUUCAAGAGUGUGAUAUCAAAAUAAUGAGUUUAUUAUAUCCAAUUAAUACUGUAAUAUUAGAAUGGAAACAGUUUCAAGUAACAAAGAACAUCUUUCUCGCUCAAUUUUACGUCAUAGGUAAUGAAUAUAAAGCGUGUAACAAAACAUAUGAUAUUGGAACAUUUUCUUGUCUGGAAGGAAAGGUAACAUUACAAAGGAGACUCGGUUAUUAUUUGAUCAAUCGUUUUGUACCCAGCGUAUUAAUAGUUGUGAUGUCAUUCGUAACAUUUUGGAUCCCAGCUACGGCUUAUCCCGCCCGAGUUACUCUAGGAGUAACUUCUCUUUUAACUAUCGUAACUCAACAGUAUCACAAUACAAAGUUCUCGGUUUCAUACGUGAUUGCUCUUAAUGUCUGGAUGCUGAGUUGCAUAGCAUUUGUAUUCUUCAGUCUACUGGAAUAUGCUCUGGUUAUUUCUUUCUUGGAUAAACAGCGGGAGAUUAAAGAGAAUAAUGCUGUUGCUGUUAAACAAGAAACAAACAAUCGGAGACCUUGGAAUGGUCCUAUAGUAGUGAUUAGCCACGCAAAACUCGAUAAAAUUUGCAGAGUUUUGUUUCCUGCUCUGUUCGUGCUCAAUAGUUUUAUUUAUUGCUGUUUCACGAAUAUCCGUCCAAUUCUUUAAGAAAAAAAUAAUUAACGUGACGAAUACGAGUAAAUCGCAAGAAAUGUCACGUUAUACCUUAUUGCACGUUCCCAGAAAUACUGUUUUAAACCUUAUUUAUCAUGUAAAUUAUCACUUGUCAUUUUAUAUUUUACUGUUUAAAAAUCUAAACAAUACCUUUAUAAGUUAUAUUUUUUGUGAAAUAAUACAUU